AUGGAUGAUGAACACAACAACAUCAGUGGAAACAAUGGAAAUUCAUCAAACUCGUCAACGACGGAACUUAUUUAUUUUCUACUAUUCGCAUUAGAGAUGCACGAACAAAAGAGUUACAUGGAUUUAGCCGAUCCAAGACUAGAAGGACAUGUUACAUUUGAUGAAGUUGAGAAACUUGUUCCUAUUGCAUUGUGUUGUGUUCAUGAAGAUCCAGCACUUAGACCAAACAUGGUUACUGUUGUAGGAAUGUUGGAAGGUGGAACACCAUUGCCACAACCUAGGAUGGAGUGCUUGAAUUUCUUGAGAUUCUAUGGUCGGAGGUUUUCUGAGGCUUCUGUUGUAGCUGAAGAAAAUGAACAUGGUUCUGUGAGGGUUCAGCAGCCGCGUGACUCAACAGGGUUGGUUAGUGGGUUUUCUUACAUAUCUUCACAACAAAUAUCAGGGCCAAGAUAG